UGGAAUCUCUUGUUUCUGAAGGCCGGAGGUGUGCUUGACCCUUCGCAUCGCAGGAUGGACGGCCAAGCAGCGAGCAGUGCAGUGCUGCCCACCAGCUAUCUGGAUGACUUCCUACUGGAGUUUGACCAGGUGGUUCAGGACUUUGACAAGGGGGAGGCUUCUCAGUAUGAGCAGCAUCUGGAGGAGCUGAAGAGGAGAACCCUGCCCAGCCUGUAUGACAGCGGCAUCGAUGACUCAGACAGCAACAGCACAACUCCUGGCAGCAGCUUGAACACCAGUGAGGAAGAUCUCAACAUUCCUGCAACCACGACCUGUUCCACCGCCAAACUCGGAGACACCCGAGAGCUGGAAGACUUCAUCGCAGACCUAGACAGAGUACUGGAAGAGAUGUGAAUGGCCACGUCCCCUGUUCCUGGCUGAUAUAUUUACCUGUUGCACCUUUAUCCAGUGUGGGCAGAACAAAGAGAACUGUCCUGCUCUAGUACCAGACUUCCAGCCCUAAAGAACCACUGAAGUUCACCUUGUCAAUCUUCUGGUGCCUCUUCCCGCAACCAAUCCUACGUGCAACUUCUCUUCUAGAGAAAAGGAACUGGAAGUCAGUUUUGUGACCAGGAUGGUGUGGCAUUUUGACUGCUUGAUCAUAAGCAAAAACUCGGUCUCCAAACCCAGCAGUGAAAGCAGGAAGAUGAAGGAACUUACCAUUCAAUCAGCUUUUUAAGGGUGUAUUUUUAGAUGUGCAUAAUUUUAAAAAAUGAACUGGCACAUGACAAUGAACAACAGUCCGUUUCCAGUGUGCUUGGGGGGGGGGGGUGAGUUCCAAAGCCAAAGAAGGCAGGAAGGGGAAGACAAGUGCCAACUUUCUUCAGAAAGGGGCUUCAUGGCAUCCUUAACCAGACUGUUCUUAAAUUGUCUCAGCAAGCAUGGGAAUUGGUAGCCCUGUCCUCAAGUUCAUUCGUUCAGUCCACCACCCCAACUUCCAAAAACAAUUAAAGUCAGGUGAGUUCCAAAGCACACAUGAAACUCUUCUUUGCUGGGGCUUCUUCAUUCUUCUCAAUAGAGGGUGUUGGUUUUCUGUGCCAGGAGGAAUCAGACAUGGAUGUAUUGGGUCCCUUUGUUGAAAAGAAGAAGAAAGAAGGCAGAAGCAACAUAUGCCUCUCGAUGCUCCCAUGUUGGUUUAUUGCUGAUGGGGGCAGAGGCUUCUUUUUCUGCAGCGAUAUUCUACUGUAAAUAUUGUAAGCUAUCAAAAUUAUCUCUCUCCAGUCUUAUGUUUGCAUUUGAAGUUAUUUAAAUAAACAGAGCUCUUAUGGA